AUGUCUGUUGAGACGCAUUUUUCGAUUCUCGACUACGUCUUCUUCGCAAUUGUGUUUGUCGUGUCCCUCGGGAUAGGACUCGUGUAUGCCUUGAGAUUGAAGAAGGGACAAUCACUGGAUGAAUAUCUAUUCGGUGGGCGGAAACUCGGUGUUGUGCCAGUUUCUCUGUCUCUAAUUGCAACCACAGUCACUGGAUCAUCAACAAUUGGCCAAAGCAUGGAAGUCUAUGGAUUCGGACUCCACAAUUGGAUGUUUGUGAUAGCCUCUGUGUUAUGGGGACUUCUAGUUCAUUUCGUAUUCCUUCCAGUAUUUUACGACCUCCAACUUAUGUCUAGUUUCGCGUAUCUUGAAAUGCGGUUCGAUAAAAGUGUCAAGUAUAUAGCCAGCAUUCUCUACGUCAUCACGGGAUUCUUCGUCAUUCCCCUGACUCUUUAUGUACCCGCUUUAGCCUUCCAAGAGGUCACUGGUAUCAAUCUCUACGCAAUAUCCGUGGUCACGGGUUUCCUCUGUAUCUGGUAUACAGCUAUUGGCGGCUACAAAACCGUCGUGUGGACUGAUGUUUUCCAGUUCAUUCUCAUCAUCACCUCAGCAAUCGUGAUCAUGAUUGUCGGACUCUCCAGUGUAGGAGGAUUCCGAAAAGUCUGGGAAGCUCUCGAUCGCGGAAAAAGGCUCACAUUUUUUAAAACUGACCUCAGUCUGGAAAUCAGAGGAUCAAUGUGGGCAUAUUUAUUCAGCAGUGUGUUCAUCUUAUGCUACCAAUUCAGUCUCAGUCAGAGCGGAAUUCAGCGAUACUUGUCCUUGCCGACAUUGACCAAAGCGAAAAAGGCUCUUUGGCUGCAAAUAAUUUUUAGCAUAUUCAUUCUACUUAUUCAAUUCGUAAUUGGAUCUAUUAUUUACACCACUUAUGAAAGUUGUGACCCUCUCACAGCUGGAAUAGUGAAGAAGAUUGAUCAGAUAUUCCCACUGUUUGUGCAGGAGAAAGCUUCAGCUUUCACAGGAUUCAAUGGAAUAUUUAUUGCCGGUGUCUUUGCCGCUGGACUCUCAACAACUUCCACUCUCUUGAAUACCAUGAGUGGAACAAUUUACGUGGAUUUCCUGAGUUCGCGAAUGAAGAAUGUGUCUGAAAGAACCACCGGCAGAGUUAUGAAGAUCUUAGUGGCUAUCGUGGGUGUUGGAGGAAUUGCUCUUAUGUUCCUCAUUGAGAGAUUGGGAACUAUUUUCUCCAUCACUGUGCAAUGCUUCACGAUCUCAACUGUUGGAGUGUUUGGACUCUUCAGCAGUGGAAUGAUCUUUCCCAAAAUCAACUGUAGAGGAGCCAAGUGUGGAGUUAUCGUAUCGAUGGCAGUGAUUGGAGUCCUCAUCAUUGGGGGUCUCAACAAGAAGCCUGAUACUCCUCUUCCCCUUCGCACUGAUGGAUGCAAUUUCAUGAACAGCUCAAGUCUUCACAAUGCAUCGCGUGUAUCGUUAACAAAGGAGGAUUCUAAUGAGGAUGUGCCGUGGAUUUUCCGCAUAAACUUCCAAUUCUUCUGUAUUAUAGGUCUAAUCAUCAACUUAUUAGUUGGUUAUACAGUAAGUGUAUUCACUGGGGGGAACACAGAUGUUGAUGAUAAGCUUUUGAUAACAUUCUUAAGAAAAAAUCCUCCACAAGAAAUUCUUCUCUCUACCAAAUGACGAAAUAGAGUGAAUGAAGAGCAGAAAACGUUUUACUUUUUAAAGUGGCCUUGCAAAAUAUAUACACAAAGUUUGAAUAUCAAAACUGACGCGCGCGAUUAAGAAAUUUGCACAGAAAUGUCUUUCUCAGUUGUAACAUGCUCAAAUUCAAACAGGUUAGUGACGAUGCCAUUAAUUUUCUUCAAAUAUGAGUAUUUUGCCGCAAGAAUUCCCACAAAAUUGGCGUCCACAACAGAAGCAUAGCCAUAUCACGUGAAAAACUUGAAUUUCUUCAGCAAAUUGACGGAGUUUAUGUCCUGUUUAUUGGAUUUUCACAACGACUAGAGACGCUCGUGUGGUGGAAAAUUCGUGCUUCUCAAACAUCGGAUAAUUCCCAUACAAUUCCCUUCCUCAAUUGGAAGGUAUGGGAAGAGUCGGAAGGUGAGGCAAAUGAGCGAGAAGAUGAAGGAAAAUCUCAUGAUGGUGAAAUAUUCAUGAAGUAAAGGUUUCAAGACACUGGAAAAGGAGUCAUAAAAGUAUUACAAACAUUUUUCAUUCGCAACGCUUAAGGGUUAAUUUUUGGGGA